AUGAUAUUGGUUGAAAUGAGAUGCUAUUAUGACGUGCUAGGCAAGGAUUUUAAUUUAUUUAAUCAACUUUCAUUAGGUGUCGAAAAAACAGCAGAUCUAGGAGAAUUGAGAAAGAGCUAUUAUAAAGCUUCUUUAAAGUGGCAUCCAGAUAAAAACCCGACCGAUGAAGCUACGGCCAAGUUCCAAGAAAUCCAAGAGGCUUACCGAGUGCUUUCAGAUGUUCAGGAACGUGCGUGGUACGAUCGUCAUAGAGAUGAAAUCCUCCGCGGUGGUCAAGGGGGUGUCAACGGAGAGUAUAAGGAAGAACGAUUGGAUGUUUUCCAGUUUUUCUCACGUUCCUGCUUCAAGAACUUUGACGAUGGACCUAAGGGAUUCUACACAGUCUUCCGGAAGGUCUUUAACGAUAUCUCGGCUGAGGAACGAAGAGCAUGUGAUUAUUCCUCAAGCUCUAAUAGUGACGAGGACGAUACGACAAAGCACUCUAACGCCAAUGGUACGGCGUCGUUUCCCACUUUUGGUCAUGCCAAUAGUGACUAUGAAUCCGUGGUACGACCGUUUUAUGUCUUCUGGGAAGGUUUCGUUACGCGCAAGUCAUAUUCCUGGGUGGAGCCGUACGACACAAGAAGGAUGACUUCCAGAAUAGAACGACGAGCCGCGGAGGCUGAAAAUCGUAAGGCGCGCGAGGCGGCGAAGAAGGAACGAAAUGAAGAAAUUCGUCAACUGGUUGCCUUUGUGCAUCGGCGAGACAAGCGUGUGGAAGCCGAACGCGUGAGACUUGUAGCUGCUGCUCAACAUGCCCACGCCCGAAAUAAAGAACAGGCCAAGAAAGUCAGACAAAAGAAUGCUGCAGACCUUGAGCUGGCCUGGGACAGUGAAUUGGCCAAUGGUGGAUUAGCGACCCAGUGGGCAGACGAAAUGGAAAAGGAGUUAGCCAGAAUCGAGGCUGAGUUAGAAGGAAAGAAGAGGCUUCGUGUUGCCCCUGAUAAUUUUACCAACGCAGGUGCAUCCUCUACCGACAGCCUGGAUCUUAAAUGUAUUGGCAUUUAUCCUCCAUUGAUGACAUUGACUCUCGUUCAACCGCAGGCUGCUGACGCCUGUUCAAAUUCCGGGGAUUCACGCGAUGCAAGCGAUGACGAUUCCGAGAGUGGUCUUUACUGUGUGGCAUGCAACAAACACUUCGCGAGUGCCGCCGCCAUGAGAAACCACGAAGCUUCUAAGAAGCACAAAAAGCAGGCUGAUUUACUUCGUCUGGUCCUCCUUGAAGAAGAGCGGGAAUUGGCAACAUUGGCAGAGUCAGACCUUCAACGUGGUAAAUUUAUACCAACUCGACCGAUUGUUUUGGUGUCCAUGCAUGAACUUUUUUCUGACGAUGAAGAGAAAAUUAAGGAGUCACAACCCCAGUCUGAGACAAAGUUGACAAAGCGUGCGAAGAAAGCCGAACGAAGACGGCAAAGGGCCACCGAGAAAUUGAAGGAGGUUGAUGAAUCACAGUCGGUAGUCACGAACCAGUAUCAGGGAAACGCCUGUGAUGACGCCGCAGUCAGUGCAACGGGAGUUGAAAACGUUCACCCAAAGAAGGCGAAGAAUCCCAUGCCCAAUACCAAUGCACAAACGCAAGAUCGAAACUUCGUUUGCUUGGUUUGUAAGAAUGACUUCCCCUCAAAGAACAAGCUUUUCGGCCACAUAAAAGAAACCGGGCACGCCGUACUAAAGACAAAUACUUCGAAAACGAGAAAAGGCAAACGAAAUUGA